GACGCCAGCUUGUCGAGGGGGGCAGAAACCGAAGCGGGGAGGAGACAAGCGAGCCAGAGCGCUUCCUGGAGGCUGUGUGUGUGUGUGUGUGCGCGAGUGUUUGUGAAAGUGCGCGCGCCUCCGCGCGCGCCCCCGCGUUUUCUCAACCUACCUCUCUGGCAUUCGCGGCAAAUCAGCAGCUCAAACCUCCUCCCCCCCACCUCCCCCAGGAAAAAAGGGAAUCAUCGCUGUCAUCCACCGGCUCCCGGUUUACCUACCAGUUGCUGGCCCAUGAGGUAUUGUGGCAAUGUUUGCGGUCUGGAGCAACGGUUUACCUCCAUCCUAAAUUGCCCCCGUCGAUUAUGGGCUGUAUUGGCUCCAAAACCCCCAUCGUGGCUGUGGACAAUACGUUGCACGUGGAGUGGAACGAGGCGAAAUCCCUGCCUGCCCUCUCAUCUUUGGGCCACACUCGGACCUCACUGGUGCGCAGGUUGGUUCGUCAGAGCUCUGUGGACAGCCAGGACUUUCUUGAGGUAAAUGUUGAAGACACCAUCGAAAUGCUACCCAAGUCCCGGAGAGCGCUGACCAUUCAGGAAAUUGCAGCCCUCGCUCGAUCUUCCUUGCAUGGUAUUUCCCAGGUGGUGAAGGACCAUGUGACCAAGCCCACCGCCAUGGCGCAAGGCAGGGUAGCCCACCUGAUCGAGUGGAAGGGGUGGUGCAAACCCAUCGAUUCUCCUGCAACCUUGGAAAGCACCUUCAACUCCUAUUCGGAUCUCAGUGAAGGAGAGCAGGAGGCCAGGUUUGCUGCAGGUGUAGCCGAACAGUUUGCCAUCGCUGAGGCCAAACUCAGAGCUUGGUCGUCGGUGGAAGGGGAUGACUCCAAUGAUGAGUCUUACGACGAAGAUUUUCCCACUUCCGGUGAAACUGCCCAGGCAGCUGACGCAGUGGGCCAGCUCCCCAGUAACACCCUCUUGAAAGGUUUCCUGCACAGCCGCCUGUGCCACCUGAGCUCCCGGCAAGGUUCCUGUGACCCGGAAAGCGAUUCCUCUCAGUCCACCAUCUCCCCGGAGACCUUGUGCUCCAGUCUCUGCAGCCUUGACGACAGCUUCCUUCUCAAGGAGUUGAGCUCCCCUUCCGAACUUGCCGCCAAACUGUUAGGCUCCGUAUCCGGCGGGGAGGACAUGCUGAUCUCCAAGUUGCCCACCACACAAACUGCCGGAGAAUGUGCCUUCCGGAGCCUGGCACAACUCGAGUGCCAGGACUCUAUGUACUCCAUGUCCUUCACCGAGUCCUGCCUCUCGCCCACGGAGGAGGAGGGCCUUCCGUGCAAGGACUACAAAGUCCAUGGGGACAGUUGCCAGGUCCGGAGAAAGGUCUCCGAUGUGGCCUCCUCCGGCGUGGUGUCGCUCGACGACAACGAAGAUGACGAGGUCGAAGAAGAGCUGGAGGAGGAGGAGGAGUUAGAGGACACCGAACAGCCGUGAAUCCCCCUUCCUGUUCCGUGGCAUGCUUCACCUGCCAUUUUGCCCUGCUCCGUGGCACCUUUCGUCUACCCAGCUCCACGGCCCAUCAGUUGUCUCAGCGGGAUGGUUCCUCCUCCCCCUUUGGAUGAAGGAAGGCAGCAUGGGCAGGAGUGGCGGGUUCGAAAGCUCCCCUCCCAGGCCUUCCUGAGCUCCACCGUGCCAUCCGAUGCCACCAUUAAAGCCUCAGGAGCUGCUUAAUGGCUUCGUGGGUUUUGCCUGCUGCAUUUUAUCUCUCUUUCUCUCGUGGCCUGUUUUGUUUCCUUUGCAUGGGAAUGUCUUUGGGGUGCAGGGUGAGGACGCCAAGCAAACUAUCGGAAGAAGGGCGACGCUGGUGGGAGUCAUCACAACUCGGGGACGGGGGACCUUGGGCGAAACCCAAUCGUGGUGCCCCGGGAACCAAAGGUGCCCUCGUUCGCUCUCCAGGUGGCAUGGCUAACACUCUUUCAAGACGAAAAUCAUUUCUCUUCUUCAGACUACGAAACUCGACAGACUUUUGAGAUUACCUGUAUGUCCCCUUUCCCAUCCCGGCUCCUGUGGUUUUGUGGCGAAGAGCUGAAACAGGAUGUGAAAAUGCAACAAGAAUGUGCGAUUUGUUAUGCUUUUUUUAAAAAAAACAAAACAAACAAACAAAAAAACCCAAGAAAAAAAAAAAUAUUCCCCCCCGGCCCGGGGGGCAAUCCUUGGCUUUAUUUUUCCGAUU